UUUUUCCGCACUUUCUUUCCUUCUCUUCAUUUCCCCAAAUCUCAGCAAAAAAACACAAAAAAAUGGCAUCAAAACUAACAUCAUCACCCAACUCAUACCUCCUCCAAAACCCUAAUCACCAAACCAAUCUCCUCAAACCCAAACUCAGCAAUCUAACACCUUUCACCCAAAAAACCAAACCCAUUUCCAUCAGAUGUGCAGCCACAUCAACCCCACCAACAACCACCCCAUUUCCCCCAGCCCAAACCCAACAUCUCGACGACGGCCGGAUCUUCAACUUCGCCGCCGGACCCGCCACCCUCCCGGCCAACGUCCUCAAACAGGCCCAAUCAGAGCUCUACAACUGGAAUGGAUCUGGCAUGAGCGUGAUGGAAAUGAGCCACCGUGGCAAAGAAUUUCUCUCCAUCAUUCAAAAAGCUGAAUCCAAUCUCAGGUCUUUGUUAAACAUUCCUGAUAAUUACUCUGUUUUGUUUCUACAAGGUGGUGCCACCACUCAAUUUGCUUCUAUUCCGUUAAAUCUUUGUAAAAAUGAUGAUCCUGUUGAUUUUAUUGUGACGGGUUCUUGGGGUGAUAAGGCCUUUAAAGAAUCCCAAAAAUAUUGCAAAUCGAAGGUGAUUUGGUCUGGUAAAUCUGAUAAGUAUACGAAGAUCCCGUCUUUUAAUGAUUUUGAGCAGUCCCCAGAUGCUAAAUAUUUGCAUAUUUGUGCUAAUGAGACAAUUCAUGGUGUUGAAUUUAAGGAUGAGCACUACCCGAUUGCGAAAAACGGGAUCUUGGUUGCUGAUAUGUCUUCUAACUUUUGCUCUAAGCCGGUUGAUGUUUCGAAAUUCGGUAUAAUUUACGCGGGUGCGCAGAAAAAUGUGGGUCCUUCUGGUGUUACUAUUGUGAUUAUAAGGAAAGAUUUGAUUGGUAAUGCGCAAGAAUCGACUCCCGUGAUGCUUGAUUACAAGAUUCACGAUGAGAACAAUUCGCUUUAUAAUACGCCGCCUUGUUAUUGUAUUUACAUGUGUGGUUUGGUGUUUGAGGAUCUGUUAGCUCAAGGUGGAUUGGAGGAGGUUGAGAAGAAAAAUAAGAAGAAAGGUGAGCUGCUUUAUAAUGCAAUUGAUGAGAGUAACGGGUUUUAUAGAUGCCCGGUUGAUAAAUCUGUUAGGUCGUUGAUGAAUGUGCCAUUUACGCUUGAGAAAUCGGAGUUAGAAGGUGAGUUUAUCAAAGAAGCUGCUAAGGAGAAGAUGGUUCAGCUCAAGGGGCAUAGAUCAGUUGGUGGAAUGAGAGCUAGCAUUUAUAAUGCUAUGCCUUUGGCUGGUGUUGAGAAGUUGGUUGCUUUCAUGAAGGAUUUUCAGGCAAAGCAUGCUUGAAUUCAAAUCCUUUUAGGGUUUGUAUUGAUUGUGUUGUAGGGUUUCUAUGAUAUUUAUUAGAGAUUAUGUAACAUUUUUGGGCUGUUCUGUUUGUUUCUGUUGUGUUGUGUUUUAUCUCAAUGAAUGUGGCAAUUCUUGUCCAAAUUGAUAUCUUGGGCAGUUUGGUCUCUUUAGCUCAAUAAUUCAAGAUUACAUUUGAGUA